AUGAAGCUUUCUCUCCUGGCACUGGCCACUGCUGCCACUGUCGUCAAAGCCGCAUAUCCCGGGGACAUUGUUUACUACUGGGUGGACCAGUCGGCGACUUUUGUGAACGGGACCGUCAUCGGGGGUCUGCAGUCGCCGCCUUCAGCAUGGUACCAGGCCAUCGUGCAGGCUGCAAUCUACCAAGCUGCAGUGAAGUCAAAGCACGAAAGCCUUGAGUUCCAGCAGCUGGCUGUCUCUCACGCAGCCCACAACUCUGCACUCUGGGUCUUCCACGGAAGCCGCCUUUAUGGUACCGUCGAUGCUUCGCUGCGAGCCAUCAUCCCGGCCAUCGGACUCGACCCCAACUCCAAGAAAGGCAAGGAAGCGGUCAAAACCGGCCAGAAUGCAGCAGCUGCGGUUGCUCAAGCCCGCGCCGACGACAAGAUCACCAACUUCCUCGACUUCACCUACGGCCCCAAAGAACCGGGCGUGUAUCAGCAGAGCCCCGGCGCCAACCUCUACCCAGACACCCCGCAGGCUCAAUUUGUGAAGCCAUUCGCCGCCCUGGGCGACAUCACGCGUUUCCGACCCCCUCCACCGCCCAAGACCAACUCCAAGGAAUACGAGGAGCAGGUUCUCUACGUCAAGGCGCAAGGCGAGCUCGAGUCCAGUGUCAGGACCGCCUAUGACACCGACACGGCCUACUUCUGGCGGGAGUCCUCCAUAACUCUCUGGAACCGUUUCGCCGGCGCCCUUGUCGGCGACGCCUACACAACCAAGGUCCUCGACUCAGCCAAGUUCUACGCCCAGCUCAACUACGCGCUCGCCAACGCCGGCAUCGCUUCCUGGGACGCCAAAUACACCUACCUCGGCUGGCGCCCCGUCACCGCCAUCCACCACCCGACCCCCUGGGUCCACUCCGGUGCGGACAUCUCGUCCCCCUCCUGGACCCCUUUACUCCGACCCACGCCCAGCCACCCUGAUUAUGUCUCAACCCAUUCCACCUUCGGCGGUGCGGCCGCCGCCGUACUCCGCGCGUGGAAUGGCGGCAAAGAUAAGAUCGCGGGAACAGGCGUGACGGUCAGCAGCAACGUCACGCUGGAUGCGCGCGGGGUGAUUACGAGGACGUAUACGGAUUUGAAGGGGGCGGCGGAGGAGAAUUCGGCGAGUCGUGUGUUUGGCGGGAUUCACUUCACUUUUGCUGGGGUGGAGGGUGUGGCGCUUGGGGAGAGGGUGGCGAAGGAGACGCUCAAGAAGUUUGAUGCGAACUGGGACAAGUUCUGA